UCAAAGGGCCGGAUGUGUCUGUAUCUAUUAAUGAUGACAAUGUUGAGCCAAACUGGACUCCACUCUAAAGUUGUUAUUAUUGCGCAAUAAUCUAUACGCCUGAGAUCUUUUUAUUCUUUUUUGACACUUCUGUCACCAUGAAAAUCUUUUCAACGUAACUUUACUCUAUGAAGGGAGAGUGCUUCCUCAGUAGGACGUUCAGCACAGAGUCACAUCAGGUUGGCCAAUCAAACGCAGUCUGUCUCUGAAGAGUGGAGAAAGUCUUAAGAUGAUCUUCAUUCAAUGCGAGAACUUGAUCACGAUGACAUCUCCAAGGUUUGCCGUCUAUGUGACAUGGUUGUUCUUGUGGAAAAUGGCUCAUUCAACUGAUCUAAAAUUGUCGUCACCUGUGCAUCAAGCAAGACGUUUUGCAUCAGUCGGUGUUGGAGACAAAAUUACUUUGGAAUGUUUCUAUCAGAAUAAAGGUGGAGAAUGGCUUUACUGGUUUAAGCAAAUGUUUGGCCAACAACCAAAGCUGAUCUCUAACUUCUAUACGUACAACAAAAAGGAAAAUUUUCAUCAUGAAUUUGAGAACAAUCCACGCUUCACACUGGAUAAUGAAAAAAGUCAUAAUCACUUGACAAUUACUAAUUUGAAUAUUUCAGACUCAGCAACUUACUACUGUGCACAUAGCACUUCAUUUCUGUUGACUUUUGCUGAGGGCACUGUGGUCAGUGUGCAGGGUUCAGGUUGGACCGUCCCAGCUUUGCUCCAUCAGUCACCAUCAGAGACCAUGAAUCCAGGAGGCUUUGUGACUCUGAACUGUACAGUACAAACUGGGACCUGUGAUGGACAACACAGUGUUUACUGGUUCAAAGACUCUGAAGAAUCUCAUCCAGGACUCAUUUACACUGAUGGAGGCAGCACUGAUCAGUGUGAGAGGAAACCCAACACACAAACACACACCUGUGACUACAACCUGCCGUUGGAGAGCCUGAAUCCGUCCCAUGCUGGAACCUACUACUGUGCUGUUGCCUCGUGUGGAUACAUUCUGUUUGGAAACGGAACUAAACUGGAUAUUGAGGAUGAGCUGGUCUCUCCUUUCAUCGUCUAUUUCUUAAGUGGAGCUUUGGUAUUCAUCACCAUCCUAGUUGUUUUACUGUCUCUUUCAGUGUGCAUGAUGAACAAGACAGACAGCUGCCAAAGCACAGAAUCUCAAGCAAGAUAUCCUGCUUCCUCCACGGCAAAUGCAAAGGUGAAUAAGAACUAUUUAACUGCUGCCUUACAUUUUAGUACCUUUUCAUUCUUGCUGCAUAUUUUUUCAAGUAAUAAUGAUCAACUAAUAUGUGAUUUAUUACGAGGUUUACCAAAAGAAAGAAAUCCUGUAUUACGUGGCUAUAAGUGUCCACCUGCACAACGGAUCAAGAAGACAGACGGAUCAGACCUGGAGUGAAUGUAUUUACUACAGCGUGAAGCAGUAGAACUCGACAUAUGACAAGGUUUUCUCUUUUGAACUGUAAUGAAGGUUUUGAUAAAAGUUAAAAUAGAAGUCUAUUUUUUGGUAAUUUGCAUAAAUAUGAUACUCAUUUCUUCUGUAAGUGGUGAGAAGCAUCUUCAAACCAUCUAUCAUUUUUAAAUCAAUAAGGCAAGGCAAGGCAAUUUUAUUUGUAUAGCGCUUUUCAUACACAAGGCAGACUCAAAGUGCUUCACAUCAUAACAUUUCAUACAAUAAAGGGAAAUAAAAUGCAGGAAAAUGCAGGAAUUAAAAGACAAUUAAAAACAGCAAAUAAAUUAAAUGUCUUAACUAUUAGAAGCUCAGCUCCGCAGUUUCAGAUCUGCGUUUUGUGUUCAACCUCAUUGUUGUUUUCUAUAACCAAAUCAAAUUGGGUUAUUUGUAUGUGAAAUUAAUGUAAUCAAUGAUAAUAACUAAACAGGAAAAGGAAGGAGCUUUUUUUUGUGACAUAAAAUCCUGCUGCUGUAGUUGAUAAUCAGUUAAAAACUGACAAUUACUGGACGAUUGAAGAUUUAUUUUACAGAAAGAAAGCACUAAAACAUAUUAAUACAAACCCAUUUAACACCCUCAACCUCCAGCCGGUGAAAGAGCCUGCUGGUUCCUGUUUGAAACUUAAACACAGUCAGAAGGUUCAGACUCUCCUACUGUUAAAUUCAGGCUAACAUAAAUGUAUAAAUGUUCAUAGCCUAGCCUAUGAUAUAGUAAACCUCAUCACUUACCAAUAGGGGACCAGUCCUUAAUGAUGGGAAUAAUUUCAGAGACUUAGUUGAUUUUUGUUGCCUAAAAUCGCCUUAGUCACAUUGUCUUUUGACAAAAGUGAGCUCCUUAGUGCCAAACCGUGGAAACACCAGCCAACGUUUGACUUAUGGAUCGCAUAGAUGUUGGAGGAUGAUCCCUAUAAAAGAACAGUAUUACCAAGAUAUUGCAAUCUGAGACUCCUCCCAUCACAGCCCUGGAAAGGGAGGAAUGAGGAGUAUUGGCUAUAAAACGGGCAUUUCAGACGGACUAACAGUCAGGGGGAGAGUAGCUGGUUGUUUUGAACAUUGAAGGAAAUAAAUGUUCACGUAUCAAGCCAAAUAUAAGAAUUAGUAUGAAAGUGAACAAAAAAAAAAUUGAUUGAAUUUCUUUUUUUUUCUUAUCAACCAAAAAUUUCGCGAACCCCCUACAGUACCUCCGCACUAGAGAAUGAACUGAUAAAGAACUGUGUGUACUGACGAAGUCCUAAACGAAGUCUAGUACUGGUUGCUAAUAUGGUGGAUUAGUUUAGACGUGCGCCCGGUGCGCUCAAACACAGCAAAACGGAGAGUUCUCUGAUGUUACAAUUACCUUGCAUGUUUAUUUUACAUCCAAAUAUUGCAAAACUUUAACUGAUAAUACAUGUACCCCAAAUAACAAACCGCAUUGCUCACCACAAAGGCACACCCGCACACUGGCACAGUCGAAAACUGUUUGCUUCCCAAAUUAGUAACACCGGUGUCUGAGAUUCCUGCAGGUUAAAUGGCCUACCUGGGCUGAUCCGAGGUCAGCUGAGCCACAAAGCACAUUCAGCCCCUUAGUGGCACAGAGCAAAAUUAAAUGAAAUAGUACCAAAUGUAUAUGGCUCCUACACUGUGAUUAAAUCUCCAUCCAUCGUCACAUCGCGUAUCGUGCACACAGGGGGGGGCUGGAGUCUAUCUCAGCCACCUUUGGGCAAAAGACAGGGUACACCCUGGAUUGGUCGCCAGCCAAUCGCAUGGCUAACACGGAGACAUAUGACCAUUCACACUUACAUUCAUACACCAACGGGCAAUUUAGAGUCCCCAAUUAACCUGAUCCCCAGUGCAUGUCUUUGGACUGUGGGGGAAAGCCAGAGUACCGGAGAGAACCGAUGCAGACACGGGGAGAACAUGCAGACUCCACACAGAAAGGCCACUGGGCGGGGUCGAGUUGUUGUGUAUGGUACAGUUUUUUGUCAUGUUCAUUAAUGCUGUUGUAUUAAAAAAUAACAACCUAAAAA